CCCAUGCCUCCACUUUCUUUAUCAGUCAAUUUGCGGCGUCAUUCCGAGAUGACAAUCCACACCCACCAGUAGCAAAAGAGCCAGUGAAUUAGUUCAAUAGCUUUUUAUAUAGUUACUUAUAUACAUACAUAGAGUCCAGCAUGGUAGCCAUCAAAAGUGUCGUUGCAUUAGCCUUAGCCAGUUGUGUGAGUGUUCAGGGAUUGAGUCUCAUUCCAUCUGUCAAACCCCUUUAUCAGCAAGCAUUAUCAGUAUUCAAUUUAGAAUCUGAUAACGUUGAUAUUGAAAUUCCUCAAAUAGUAAUUGGCAAACUUCCUGAUGUGGAUGAGAAACCAGUUCCUGGAGAUUCACCUAUUGUUCAAUGUGAUGCAUCACAACCUCAAAUCUUAAGUUUACAAAAGGUUAUUAUUGAUCCUAAUCCACCAACUAGAGGUCAAAAUUUAACCUUUGUAGCUACAGGAUUCCUUGAAAAAGAUAUUGAAGAAGGAGCUUAUGUUGAAGUAGAUGUCAGAUAUGGAUUCAUAAAGUUAAUUCAUCAAACUUUUGAUCUUUGUGAAGAGAUUACUAAAGUUGAUCUUGAAUGUCCAAUUGCUAAGGGUCCUCAAGUAAUUAGUAAAGAUGUGGCUAUUCCUAAUGAAGUUCCACCUGGUAAAUAUAUUGUUAAUGCUAGAGCUUACACUAAAGAUGAUGAAUUUAUUACUUGUUUAUCCGCUACUAUUGAAUUUCCUCCUAUCUAAACUUGCGGGGUCAGUGACUAGUGAAUACGCGUAAUAGUUCGUGUUUCAUUAAAUUUGUUUGCAUCCCUUAAACCUUAUUUGUUCGGCAAUUGCCUUAGUUAGAGUAUGUACUGAUAAUUCUUAAUACAUAAUUGAUUAUACAUAUGAUAAGUAUACAUAGUAUGCUUACAUUAGUUAGAGUAGUGAUUGUAAUUAUAGUAGAAAUGAUGAUUAUAGUGUUAUAGUAAUAAGGGUAAUUUACAAUAGUUUACAAUAUUUACAGUAGUGUAGUUUUAGUAGUGUAGUUCAGUAAAUUCAGCAUCACCAUUUAGUGUUU